GUACAGUAGGUGGCAGUGCAGCAUCUGAAAAUAGUUAAAACCACUAAACCAGCAGCCACAGAGGAACAGCAGCAGCUCCCUGUUGCUCUCUGGACCAAAAUAGACGGUUGAAGGCUGAACAGCAGCUGACAUCAACUAGAAAUGGCUGCCACAGGAGUUCUUCCCUUCAUCAGGGGGGUGGACCUCAGUGGAAACGACUUUAAAGGUGGAUAUUUCCCAGAGCACGUCAAGUGUAUGAGCAGUCUGCGAUGGCUCAAACUGAACAGGACUGGUCUGUGUUACCUUCCAGAGGAGCUGGCCUCUCUGCAGAAGCUGGAGCAUCUUUCAGUGAGUCACAACAACCUGACCACUUUACAUGGGGAGCUGUCCAGUUUACCAAACUUACGGGCAGUGGUAGCCAGAGCUAACAACCUGAAAAACUCAGGAGUUCCCGAUGACAUCUUUCAGCUGGAUGAUCUUUCUGUGCUGGACCUGAGUUACAACCAGCUGACAGAAAUCCCCAGAGACCUGGAGAACAGCAGGAACAUGCUGGUGCUGAACCUGAGCCACAACAGUAUCGACUCAAUCCCCAACCAACUGUUCAUCAACCUGACGGACUUGCUGUAUCUGGACCUAAGCGACAACAAGCUGGACAGUCUGCCACCGCAGAUGAGACGCCUGGUGCAUCUCCAGACUCUCAUACUGAACAACAACCCGUUGAUGCAUGCCCAGCUGCGACAACUUCCAGCUAUGGUGGCUCUACAGACUCUGCACCUGAGGAACACUCAGAGGACCCAAAGUAACAUGCCCACCAGCCUAGAGGGACUGACACAGUUGACAGACGUUGACCUCUCCUGUAACGACCUAACGCGGGUUCCAGAGUGUCUUUAUUCACUGGGAAGUCUGAAGAGACUAAACCUGAGCAGUAAUCAAAUCUCUGAGCUCUCGCUUUGCAUUGACCAGUGGAGUCAGUUGGAGACGCUGAACAUGAGCCGCAACCAGCUCACAUCGUUGCCUUCUGCCAUCUGUAAACUAUCCAAACUAAAGAAACUGUAUUUGAACUCCAACAAACUGGACUUUGAUGGAGUUCCACCUGGUGUGGGCAAACUCUCCAGCCUCACUGAGUUCAUGGCUGCCAACAACAACCUGGAGCUCAUCCCUGAGGGUCUCUGCAGGUGUGGAAAGCUGAAGAAGCUGGUAUUAAACAAAAACCGACUGGUGACACUGCCUGAAGCUAUUCAUUACUUGACUGAUUUGGAGAUGCUGGAUGUGCGCGAGAACCCCAACCUGGUGAUGCCUCCUAAACCUGUAGACAGAUCGUCAGAGUGGUACAACAUCGACUUCUCCCUUCAGAACCAGCUCCGAUUGGCUGGAGCCUCACCUGCUACCGUGGCUGCAGCUGGAGGAGGAACCAGCCACAAAGAUCACCUGGCCAGGAAGAUGAGGCUGAGGCGGAGGAAGGAUUGUUCUCAGGACGAUCAGGCCAAGCAGGUGUUGAAGGGCAUGAGUGACGUUGCACAGGAGAAGAAGAACAUGGAGGAGAAUGGAGACUUGAAGUACGGUGAUGUGAAGACCCAACGCUGGGACAAGAGUCUAGAGAAGCCACCACUGGACUACUCUGAGUUCUUCUUAGAAGAUGUUGGACAGAUUCCAGGUGUAUCAGUUUGGCAGAUGGAGAACUUUCUUCCUGUCCAAGUUGAUGAAACGUUUCACGGGAAAUUUUACGAGGCCGACUGUUACAUUGUUCUCAAGACCUUCCUGGAUGAUAACGGAGCACUCAGCUGGCAGAUCUUUUACUGGAUUGGCCAGGAAGCCACGCUGGAUAAGAAGGCUAGCGCCGCCAUCCACGCUGUCAACCUGAGAAACUGCCUCGGAGCGGAGUGCAGGACGAUAAGGGAAGAGAUGGGAGAUGAGAGCGAAGAGUUCAGCGCUGUGUUUAACAAUGAGAUCUCCUACAUCGAGGGAGGCACAGCCAGUGGAUUCUACACUGUGGAAGACAACAACUAUGCCAUCAAGUUCUACAGAGUGUAUGGCAAGAAAAACAUCCGACUGGAGUCAGUGCAUGUGAAGGCCUCCUCCCUCGACCCUCGUUUCAUCUUCUUGUUGGACACGGGUCUAGAGAUAUUCAUCUGGAGAGGAGCCAAUGCUACACUCAGUGGCACCACAAAAGCCAGGUUAUUUGCAGAAAAGAUAAAUAAGAAUGAGCGUAAAGGUAAGGCAGAGAUCAUCACACUCAGGCAGAACCAGGAGCCUCCAGUGUUCUGGGAGAUGCUGGGGGGUCAACCUGAGGAGAUCAAGGUCCAUGUUCCUGAUAACUUCUCUCCCAUCAGACCAAAGCUGUACAAGGUGGGUUUGGGUCUGGGGUACUUGGAGUUGCCCCAGGUGAACUACAAGCUGUCAGUUGAGCACAAAGACCACAAGGUGAAACUUGACACUCUGCCAGAACUGAGACUGCUGCAGUCUCUGCUCGACACAAAGUGUGUUUACAUCCUGGACUGCUGGUCUGACGUCUUCAUAUGGAUUGGGAGGAAGUCUCCACGUCUGGUCCGAGCCGCCGCCUUGAAAUUGGGUCAGGAGAUCUGCUCCAUGCUGCACCGGCCCAAACAUGCCUGUGUCACCCGCAACCUGGAGGGCACCGAGUGUCAGGUGUUCAAGUCAAAGUUUAAAAACUGGGACGACGUGUUGAAGGUGGACUACACCAGAGCAGCAGAGACGGUGCAGCAGAAGGACACCCUGCAGGGCAAAGUGAAGAAGGACGCGGAGCAGAAAGACCAGAUGAAAGCCGACCUCACUGCUCUCUUCCUCCCCAGGCAGCCGGCCAUGCCUCUGACAGAGGCUGAGCAGCUGAUGGAGGAGUGGAACGAAGACCUGGACGGUAUGGAAGGGUUCGUGUUGGAGGGGAAGAAGUUUGCUCGUCUGCCCGAGGAGGAGUUUGGACAUUUUUACACACAGGACUGCUACGUCUUCCUGUGCAGGUACUGGGUGCCUGUGGAGUACGAAGAGGAUGAGAAAGAGAAGAAAGAAGGAGAGAAUGGUGCUGGUGAAAGAGGAAAAGGAGGUGGAGGAGAGGAGGAUGAAGAGGACAAACAGCCAGAAGAAGACUUCCAGUGUGUGGUGUACUUCUGGCAGGGCAGGCAGGCCUCCAACAUGGGCUGGCUCACCUUCACCUUCUCCCUGCAGAAGAAGUUUGAAAGCCUGUUCCCAGGAAAACUGAAGGUGGUGCGUAUGACACAGCAGCAGGAAAACCUGAAGUUCUUGUCCCAUUUCAAGAGGAGGUUCAUCAUCCACAAAGGGAAGAGGAAACAGAAGACAGACUCCGCUCAGCCCUCGCUCUACCACAUUCGCACCAACGGCAGCGCUCUUUGCACCAGGACAAUCCAGAUUGGUACAGACUCAAGCAACCUCAACUCAGAAUUCUGCUUCAUACUCAAGGUACCGUUUGAAAGCACAGAUAAUCAGGGCAUCGUCUACACGUGGGUGGGCAGAGCAGGCGACCCCGAUGAGGCCAAACUGGCAGAAGAUAUUAUGAACAGCAUGUUUGACGACACCUACAGCAAACAGGUAAUAAAUGAAGGCGAGGAGCCAGAGAACUUCUUCUGGGUCGGUAUUGGUUCUCAAAAAACGUACGAUGAAGAUGCAGAUUAUAUGAAACAUGCUCGUCUCUUUAGGUGUUCCAAUGAGAAAGGUUAUUUCUCCGUGUCAGAGAAAUGCUCAGACUUCUGUCAGGAUGACCUGGCUGAUGAUGACAUCAUGUUACUGGACAAUGGCAAAGAGGUGUACAUGUGGGUGGGUACUCAGACCAGCCAGGUGGAGAUCAAACUGAGUCUGAAAGCAUGUCAGGUUUACAUUCAGCACAUGCGCUCCAAAGAGGCCGAACAUCCCAGGAAGCUCAGACUGGUGCGAAAGGGAAACGAGCCACACUGCUUCAUCCGCUGCUUCCACGCCUGGGGCGCCUUCAAAACCCCACCUGCCUAGACAAACUAUGUAAACUGCACACCCGCAAGCUCCAAACUACUCCCACCCAACGUCCUCGCUGCCACGAACAUUUUCUACCCAGUCUCUAUUUUUGCUGUUAUAAUGCUGAUGUCUCUGCCUUUAUAGAUAAAUAUAAAUACACACAUAAGCCAACCAUACAUGCUGCUCUUCAUCGGAUAAAACCCAGGUUUUAGUUCAGCACUGCAAUCGCAAACAAGGACACUAGGUGUCUACAAGCUUUCAUGAGCACUGUGUCUAAGAAAAAGGAGAAUCAUGUUUUGAGUGGAAAUACAUCGAAGAUGUACUAAGGCUUUAUUAAAACUCAAAGGGAGAUACAAGGCCGAGCUUAUCGGUCUCUUUUUUGUUUUUGCUUACGCGUGCACUCUGCUGCCGGAUCAAAUAGUAUUAUAAGAAAGGCCGUACAUAAGAAAUGGUAAAAGCCAUGCAGUUGUUUCAAAGAUGCCUAUUUUAUUUUCACUAAAUAGUAAAUUAUAAAAUAGACAGUUUUUUAAAGAUUAGUUGGAAAUAAUAAUAAUUGGACUUUGUUCUAUCAACUUUCAUUUCAAAUAAACUUUCUUAGGAUCAUAUUGAAGUAAUAAUAAUGGCAGUAAUGACUUCCAGGUUAGAUGUGACACUUCCCGAUCUACAGUGUGUCCACUUCUUAUUUACGGUCUAUUAUGAAAAGUCGCUCCCCUGAGCUCAGUGCCAUUUUUGCAUCUCAGUUUUGUUUUUACCACCAAUUAAAACAUUGAAAACAGAAAUUAAAGCAAUAUUUGAGUGUGUACGUAUCUACUGUGUGGACUGAACGGUACAGUAUGUGUGUUUACCCCCCCCCACCCCCGACUCAGAAGGGAUCUGCCCCACAGUCCGAAAGAUAUAUAUUAUUUCACAGUUUGAGUUAACAAAUAAUUCUAUUGAUCUUUUCUGCAGGUUUAUCUUCAUUUUCUCCAGAUUUUAAGAGUUUACAUUAAUUUGUCCAAAGAAAUACUAGGAUUAGAUUCUGAGACAGAGCCCUGUUGAAUGUUUAAAGACGGAUGUUUGAAUGUGCAAUCAGCUGAGCCUGGGAGAUCCUGAAAACUAAAGAGCUGCUCUAUGACACAGGAUGCUUCCCCCUUAUCACAAAUUUCAGUUUUGUGUUUUGUUAAAGUAAAUGCAUGAUGUUAAUAUUUCAGGUUAAGUUUUGAAUGUCUAAGUCAGACGUGAUGUCAACCACGUAGUAAAGGCAUUUUUGAUUUUAGGAUUAAAAAUAAUUGCAUAUUGUUAUGGGAGAUUUAUGUGCAAAUUUCAGAGACAUAUCUUGACCUGCCGCUCAGUGAUGAGAUUUAACUGUUGCAUCUACACUUAGCACCUAACUGCUGCAACUGAAUUCAUGUGAGCGCUCAGUUUUUAGGAUAUUUGAUCAAAUGCAAAGCUUGUAUUGAUUGUUCCCCCCUCCCAAAAUGGCUGCAACUUUCUAUUUACUCUCUAUUUUCUUGUUUGUCUAUACUUUCGUUUUUAGGGUUGAACUGUAAACAUGAGUGUUCCGCUCAUGCUGAUGCCACAUGCAGAUGCUUUAUUUAUGUAUUUUAUAUAAAAAAAAUAAAUUCUCAUGUCACAUAUUAA